AACAAUGACGAUAUGGUCUUUGACAUCGUACGAUAUCGUCUUGCGUAUCGAUAUUUUGUUUUAACUAUAUAUAUAUAGGUUGGUAGGUAUAUAGUUUUACCAUUGAUUUAAUCAAUUUGAUUAAGGUAGGUACCCAACCCUAUUCCUUUACUCAACGGUUUUACACUAAAUUUAUGUCGCUUAUAGUGCAACGCUGUCAUUGCAUUGCAAAUAAAUACUGAUAUUAAAUAUAGAAAAUAGUAAGAAGACAAAAUCAUAGAAAAAAGUAUUAUUUUAUUAUAGCUGGUGUUGUAGGAAAUAAGUUUAAAUAUACCGCCGACGUGAUGUCGGUAAUGUAGGUAUCAUUAACAGAUAGAAAUUAAUAACAUGGCGAAGCUGAGUUCUUGUGGCUUGGGCUGGUCUAUUUGUGUCUGUUUAGUGCUGUGUUUAUCUAAUCUAUGGAUGUGGAGCUGUAUUUAAUACUUCUAAAUUAAAACUCGGCCAUCAUAAAGAACAAUCCGAAAAAAGCUGUCCGCUUUGUAGACGUUGGCGAAAUCGUCGAGUUUAGAGUUGUGAUGGAAGAGAAUGGGAACGAAGCUGCCAAUGUGAUCGGCCUAAGGCCUGCGCCUCGCUACCGUCCACGGUUCCGCGGCUGUAGAGGACGCCCGCAAUUCCCCAGAAGACCCAUAGACAGUCAAAGCGAAGGAGAAGACGAGAUGGCAAAGUUUACUGACGAUCUUUUAAAAGAGAAAAUAUUCCACUGCCAGAUUUGCGAUGAACUUUGCACGUCCGAUAUUUUCCUGGUCAAAGAUAAAGGAAACGUGUGUGCGAACUGUUUUGAAGAAAAGUGCGGGGAGGAAAUGAAAUCAAGGGCUGAACUAAACACGGCGCUCAUCUUAAUUCUAGCCAAGCUGAUGUUACCAACAUAUCUAGAGUGCGUGGGCUGCGAGGAGAGGUUGAAGUCGAAAAAGUAUUCUAAGCACAUUGCUACUUGCGAUUUUAAGAUUAAACCGUGCCCGAUGAAAAAUCUUGAAGGUUGUGAUUGGAGUGGGAUUGAAAAAUCAGAAGAAAAUAUGGAGUAUACAGUGGUGCACAAAAGUACUCAAGAACAAAACAAUAAAGAGUUGAAAACCGUAGGUACUCUUACCAAACUGAACGGUUAUUAUGAUGAACAAAAUCUGGAUAACAACCCCAACGCGACUGAGGUAGACAUCGACCUGUUGAAACAUCUUGCAGAUGAAAAUAAUAUGCUUUUGAACGAAUUUAAUUUAAAUCCUAAAGGAAUAGAUGAGAAUAUGCUGAAAUUAUUGGAAUGUCCCGUAUGCAUGGACGUAAUGAGACCUCCAAUAUACCUGUGCAAUAGUGGACAUGGCAUUUGCAUCGUAUGUCGUGGAAAAGUCAGUGAAUGUCCUACAUGCAAGGAUAAAUGGACCAAUGUUAGAAACUUCUUUAUGGAACAUUUUACAACCAAUUCGGCCAUCAUAAAGAACAAUCCGAAAAAAGCUGUCCGCUCAGUAGACGUUGGGGAAAUCGUCGAGUUUAGAGUUGUGAUGGAAGAGAAUGGGCCCUAUGCGUCCGACCGUAAGCGUGGCUACCUAUGGUACAACCCGCGAAGAAGAAUACCCAGAGACAGUCUAAGCGAAGGAGAAGACGACAUGGAAAAUGAAACAAUGAAUAAGUUUACUGACGAUCUUUUAAAAGAGAAAAUAUUCCACUGCCAGAUUUGCGAUGAACUUUGCACGUCCGAUAUUUUCCUGGUCAAAGAUAAAGGAAACGUGUGUGCGAACUGUUUUGAAGAAAAAUGCGGAGAGGAAACGAAAUCAAGGGCUGAACUAAACACGGCGCUCAUCUUAAUUCUAGCCAAGCUGAUGUUACCGUGCAAGUUUAAAUCCAAGGGCUGCGAGGAGAGGUUCAAGUCGAAAAAGUAUUCUAAGCACAUUGCUACUUGCGAUUUUAAGAUUAAACCGUGCCCGAUGAAAAAUCUUGAAGGUUGUGAUUGGAGUGGGAGUGACUUUGAAGUUAGCGAGCAUUUAUUGAAAAAUCAUCAAAAUCACGUUAUUAAAAGUGAAAACAAUAUUUUUAAAGUUGAAACGUCCUUGUCAAAACCUUUCAACGUAAAAUUGUUUUCUGAUGAUAACCAAAACUGCCUUUUAAAGACUUCAGUUGUUGAUAACAAAUUUUAUUACUCCUUAAAUACAGUUGAAAAAUCAGAAGAAAAUAUGGAGUAUACAGUGGUGCACAAAAGUACUCAAGAACCACACGAUAAAGAGUUGAAAACCGUAGGUACUCUUACCAAACUGAACGGUUAUUAUGAUGAACAAAAUCUGGAUAAAAACCCCAACGCGACUGUGUUAGACAUCGACCUGUUGAAACAUCUUGCAGAUGAAAAUAAUAUGCUUUUGAACGAAUUUAAUUUAAACCCUAAAGGAAUAGAUGAGAAUAUGCUGAAAUUAUUGGAAUGUCCCGUAUGCAUGGACGUAAUGAGACCUCCAAUAUACCUGUGCAAUCGUGGACAUGGCAUUUGCAUCGUAUGUCGUGGAGAAGUCAGUGAAUGUCCUACAUGCAAGGAUAAAUGGACCAAUGUUAGAAACUUCUUUAUGGAACAUUUUACAACCAAUGUAAAAUAUCCCUGCAGCGAAAUAGAAAAACCAAAGCAAACUGAUAUAGAUAUUAACAUCGAUUUGAAAAAGAAUAUUGUGAUUAAAGCUACAAAUGAAAGCAAUUGUGAUAAUAUAGAAUCUAAAAUUUCAACAAAUAAGACUGAUGAACAAAACUUGGGUUGUGAACACAAAAUUAAUGAAGAGAGGAAUAAAGAAAAUAUGGAUUUAAAUACACAAAAAAUUAAUAUUUUAAGCAAUAUACUUGUAAUACCUGAACAAAAGAUUAACCCAGUAGCCAAAAAAAGGACCUACACCUCAAGUGUUUUAACCAGCGCGAGUUGGAUUGAAAUGGAAGAAAAAAAAGAACUUAUUAAACUUGAUGCACUUAAGAAGAAAGAAGAAAAUAAGAAAAAAAGAGAUGAAAACAAGCAAAAGCGGAUAGAACAACAGCAAAACAAAAAGAAAAAACACCAUACAGAAUCCAAAGAAAUAAAAAAUAUUGAAGAACAAGACAAAAUCUACAAAGAAUCAGAAACAAACCAUAGCUCAACAUCACCAAUUAUAAGCAAUAUUUGCGAUGAACUUUGCACGUCCGAUAUUUUCCUGGUCAAAGGUAAAGGAAACGUGUGUGGAAAAUGUUUGGAAGAAAAGUGCGGGGAGGAAAUAAAAUCGAGGGCUGAAUUAAUCACGCCCCUAAUGUUAAUUAUGGCCAAGCUUAUGCUGCCUUGUAAAUUUCAAUCUAAAGGCUGCGAUGAAAGGGUAGACUGCAAAAAUUAUUCCAAGCAUAUUGGUAGUUGCGAUUUCAACAUUAAGCCGUGCCCGAUGAAAAAUCUUAAAGGUUGUGAUUGGACUGGAAGUGACUUUGAAGUUAGCGGGCAUUUAUUGAAAAAUCAUCAAGAUCACGUUAUUAAAAGUGGAAACAAUAUUUUUAAAGUUAAAACAUCCUUGUCGGAACCUUUUAACGUAAAAUUGUUUUCCGAUGAUUAUCAAAACUGCCUUUUAAAGACUUCAGUUGUUGAUAACAAAUUAUAUUACUCCUUAAAUCCACUUGGAAAAUCCGAAGAAAAUAUGGAAUAUACAGUGGUGCACAAAAAUACUCAAGAACAAAACAAUAAAGAGUUAAAAACCGUAGGUACUCUUACCAAACUGAACGGUUAUUAUGAUGAACAAAAUCUGGAUAAAAACCCCAACGCGACUGUGGUAGACAUCGACCUGUUGAAACAUCUUGUAGAUAAAAACAACAUGAUUUUGAACGAAUUUAAUUUAAAUCGUAAAGGAAUAGAUGAGGAUACACUGAAACUAUUGGAAUGUCCCGUAUGCAUGAACCUAAUGAGACCUCCAAUAUACCAGUGCAAUCGUGGACAUAGCAUUUGCAUCACAUGUCGUGGAGAAGUAAGUGCAUGUCCUACAUGCAAGGGAAAUUGGACCAAUUCGAGAAACUUCUUUAUGGAAAAUUGUACAACCAAUGUCAAAUAUCCCUGCAAGUUUAAAAAAUUUGGGUGCAAAGUUACUGGAGUUGAAGGUGAAAUCAAGAAACAUGAAGAAAUUUGUUCUGAUUCUUUAAUCAGUUGUAGAUUUUAUAACUUUGGAUGCAAAGAGAGGGGGGUUAAAAGUGAAAUAAUGAAACAUGAAGAAUCAUGUAUGGUUAACAAACACAAAUGCCCAGUUUGCCCAGCAUUUCCACGCAUAAACGAUAUUUCAAACCAUGUGGAAUACAAGCAUAGAAACUGCAUACUAAAGAACCAAUGGUAUAUGAUCCAAAAGUACUCAAAAUGUCAUGGGUAUAAGGUAUAUGAUUCAAGAUUAUUUAGAAUAUCGUAUCAUACUGAAGAUGCAUAUGUUUAUUUUGCUGCUGAAUUGAUUUGCCCCAAUGGAGACCCCAGUGAGUAUUUUUACGAAGUUGGUUUUUGUAACAAUAUAUCUGAGACUGUGGAUAGAUCAAUGACAUCAACUUGUUUAAAAGAGGAGCCACUAGUUCCAGGGUUUAAAAUAAAAGGGAAUGUGAAAAUCCAUGUUGAUGAUUUUGAAUAUUUUGUUGUUUUCAUCAAAGGGGGAUGUAAUUCAAAACAAAUUAAAUAA